AUGCCGCGGUUCCUUGUACGGCCUCCAUGGGGAAAGGCUGCUCUCCUGGAGAAUAUCCGUACCGGCCCCUGGGCUCGCACUCCACGCACCUGCGAGGCAGUACCACCUCUUCGUUUCUCUGCUUCACGCGACUCACAGCGUUUGUCCCAGUUCUUCUGUGGAGCUUCUGCCCAGUAUGAUGUCUGCUCUCUGUUGCCGUCGCCCCCUUCUGCAGCGGCCUGGACUGUUCGUUCCUUCUCUUCGGGGUGCUUGCGUGCUUCUUCCUACCGGUCGCGUUCUUUUCCUGUUUCCUUCUCCUUCGACUGCAGCUCAUCCGAUCUCUCUGCCUCGAUAUCUGGUCACAUCUAUGCGCACUCUUUCCCGUCAUCCUCCUCUCCCUCCGCUGCAUCUCUCUCUUCUUCCACUGCAUCUCUUCAGUACUGGUGGCGCUCCUUCCCCGGUGUCCAAAUCUCGACACCUGGCGACUUCCCCGGAAAGCGAAGCCGUGUGCCAGUGGCCGCGGCCCUUCCGUAUGGCGUAUCUCAUGCGGAGCUAACGGCAGUGCCGCUGGCGCGUUCCGCACAGUGUGCCCACAUGCAGGCCGUGAAACGUACCAUGGGGUUGAAAUUUUGCGCAGAGGAAUUCGUCUCACGACGCAGUGAACUUGGCGACCAAACCGCGUCGGUGUCAUCUGUGAUCGUGCCUGCUCCCGCGAUGAUGCGCCAGGCGUCCGUACGGUCAGACGUGAAGAAUGCAGCCACAGUGACAGGUGGCGAAGCAAGGGGGAGCAUUCAGAAGGGGGGAUUGGGAGGUCCGCGUGGCACAGAGGAGGGUUCGAUGUGGUGCUCUGAUAGGAAGAGGAAGAUUCUGAAUGGGACGGAGUAUAUUCGCAGAAAGAGCUCUCACAGGGGAAGGAUUAAGAGAGGCAGUCAGGCUCCGGCGUACAAACGUUAA